GGAGGCACCAUGGUUGGGAAACCCUGAUAUAUAGAGAUGUAUUACAGAAGCCUAUGAACCGCCUCACUCUGACAGAUUCUUCGGCUGGUGCGGGGGAGAGAGGUCCUGGCCACGGCUGUCUCCGCUGUCAUUGGCUGGAGGCGGCGGUACACCGCCCGGACAGCUGCUGGGACCCGGAGGAGGAUGGAGGGGGAGCGUCGUGUGGCUGUGGUGCUGCCGGCCGGGGGCUCCGGGGAACGGCUGGGAGGCUCCACGCCUAAGCAGUACUGCCCAGUUCUGGGGCGCCCGCUGAUCAGCCGCACGCUGGAGGCCAUGGAGAGGGUUGGGUGGAUAUCAGACAUUGUGGUGGUUGUGGCUACCGAGAGUGUCGACUUGAUGAAGAACAUCGUUCACCGGUACGGGCAUAAGCGCGUGACCCUGGUGGAAGGUGGAGUGACAAGACAUCGGUCUAUCUUCAGUGGACUCAAAGCUUUUAUAGAAGAUCACACGCUUGGGCCUGGGCUCCAGAAACCAGAGGUGGUGAUAAUCCACGAUGCGGUGAGGCCAUUUGUGGAUGAGGAGACUCUGCUUCAAGUUACAAGUGCUGCCAGACAAUAUGGUGCUGCCGGUGCCGUACGACCAUUGGUGUCCACGGUUAUUGCUCCUACCCCAGACGGAUGCUUAGACCACUCGCUGGAUCGGGCGAAGCACAGAGCCAGCGAAAUGCCCCAAGCCUUUCUAUUUGACGUCAUCUAUAAAUCGUACCUUCAGUGCUCCGAAUAUGACCUGGAUUUUGGCACGGAGUGCUUACAUUUGGCACUGGCCUACGGUAAGACGAGGGCUAAGCUCCUGGACGGACCCCCUGACCUGUGGAAGGUGACCUAUAAAAGAGAUUUAUAUACAGCGGAAUCAAUCAUUAAGGAUCGCAUCUCUAAACAUCUCUGCAUUGUCACCAAUAUAAAGGAGGAGGCAGUACAGAUCGGUUUUCGGCUUCAUGAAAACCUAAAAUUCCAUAUAAAGCACGUGAAGGCGAUUUCUUCAUCGAUGUGCAAAACCGUCCAGGACGUGCAGAACAUAUUUCAGGGACAAUGCUACAACUAUGUCUGUAUAAAUGUGAAGGAUUCCGAUUUGGAAGAAUCUCGUAAGCUUAUUGAUUUACUCCAGGCGGCUCACGCUGGUGCCUGCUAUCAGUCCGUGGUGGUGUCAGUCCAUUUGUCUUUUCCGGAACACUGUGGCGGUGAAAUGCAGAAGCUGAGUGAAUUACGUGAACUCGCGAAGGAAUCGCAGAAGUCAGAUAUAUUACUGUACGGCCUGCUGAUACACUUCUCUAAGUCUUCAGUGUGAACCAGGAAGCUCAGGAUGAACACUGAUACAGAAAGGAGGAGUCGCAACUGGAAGAUGGCGCCCGUCAGGCGGCUACAAUCAUCACUGCGCUGAUCACGGACAGGAACCCUGCGCUCACCGGUCAAGUAAUGGUCGCAUGAAAAAAAAAUUUAAAUAAAAAAAAUGUCAUGGAGCCGCUGCACAAGAAGAGCGAAGCAUCAGCCAUAUAGUGAAGCAGUAGCUGCAUUAUAAAUACACAUACAUUGGCGUUAGAGAAGGACGAGUGAUGCUAACAAGUGUAGUGAUAUAGCAGAGCUCAGUUAGUCAUGAUGCGCUGUGACAUCACUAGGUGUAAUGUUAGGUUUAACACAGAACUGCACAUUCUUAGCCGUGUGAACUCCAAAGAUAGGGGAUAAGA